GGUGGGCGGCGAGCGGCCGUGCGGGGCGUGCGGUCGGCGCCGGGCGCUAUUGGGCUCUGGUGGGCUGAGCAGACCCUUGACCACGCAGAUGGCUUCCAAGUGGCCGGGCGUGGGGGCCUCGGUGCGCCCAGGAUCGCUCCAGGACCAGCAACUGCUGGAGGAGAAGGAGGUGCUGCCGCCUGCCGCCUGCCCUCCGGAGACCUCCGGGGGGGCCCUGGGCUCCCUGUGCAGACAGUUCCACAGGAGGCUGCCCCUGAGAGCAGUCAGCCUCAACCUCGGGGCAGGGCCCUCCUGGAAACGCCUGGAAAGCCCCGAGCCAGGCCAGCAGGGCCUCCAGGCUGCGGCUCGCUCAGCGAAGAACGCCCUGGGUGCCGUGUCCCAGAGAAUCCAGGAGUCCUGCCACAGCGGCACCAAGUGGCUGGUGGAAACCCAGGUGAGAGCCAGGAGGCGGAGGAGGGGGGCACAGAAGAGCACCCGGCUGUCUGGAGCUGCCCCCGCCUACGUGGCCCUGGACCCGUGGGAGAGGGACGGUCACCGGCUCCCUGCCCACGGGGGCCCACGCGCCUUCCCCCUGCGGCAGCCCAGGAGAGAGGCGGCCCUCCGCGGUCCCUACUCCUCGACAGAGCCCCUCUGCUCCCCCAGCGAGUCUGACGGUGACCUAGAGCCUGUGGGAGCAGGACUUCAGCAUCUCCAGCAGCUGUCCCAGGAGCCGGACGAGGCCAGCGUGGCUGAGGAGAGCGGCGACGUGACCGUGUCUCUCAUCCGAGACUGAGGAGGACAGUGCCUGCAGAAAGAAACCAGCGUGUGACUUCCCUGGAGAUAACACUGCUUUUUCAUAAUAAAGACUCUGCUUCUGAG